CGCGCGCGUCGCGCACGCCGCGCGCGCGAACGCACGCGAAACGCGGACGCGCGCGCGAUCGACGCGCUCGGACGCCCGUUCGGUGCGGCGCGCGCGCGCGAUGCGGCGCCGUUUCGACGACGAAGCCGCGGGGUGCGCGCGAAGAUGCGAACGCGCGCGCGGGCGAACGCGCGGCGCGCGGUGGUCGCGCGGCGCCGCGGUGGCGAUGCUCGUCGUCGUCGCGCGCGUCGUCGUCGCGCAGCGCGUUGAACCGAUGAAGGCGCCGACGGUGACGUGGUUGGAACCGCCCAAGGGGCACGUCGCGGGCGGGACGACGCUCGCGGUGUACGGCGGCGGUUUCCUAAACUCGGCGCGGUUGAAGGUGAGGUUCGCGAGGGGCGAGGAGACGACGGAAGCGUACGCGACGUAUCACUCGUCGACGAUGAUCACGGUUGUGACGCCCGCGCGCGUCGGCGCGGGAUGGACGCAAGUCACGGUGGCGAACGACGGGGAGACGUGGAGCGGGACGCCGAACGUGUACACAAAGGGAUCUGGGACGUUUUUGGCGUACGUCUACGACGAUUCGUUGGCUGGAUUUUACGAUGGCGUGCGACAAGGGGAGAAUACGAACGCGUAUCACGAGUUGUGGAGCGCGAGUAACACGACGGGGCCGUACAUCGGCGGUACCAUCGUGCGCGUCUACGCGCGCAACUUGGAUUUGGGCUCGAAUACGUUGUCGUCAAGCGCUACGUACGUAGGCCCGACAGACGGCGCGGGGUCGCCGAAUCCGAACUUUCCAGACCCUAAUGCGGUGAUGAAUAGUCCGCCGGUGCAUGGGACGUUCUAUCCGGGCUCGAAGUUGACGUGCAGGAUGACGUGCAACAUCGAUGUAAAUCAAGACUCCAGCAUCGCUAGCGACGGGUCGGAAACCUUUGUCACGGCGCAACCAGCAAUUUGGCAUAGCUACACGUCGGUUGAGUGCGAAACACCACCGAUGCCGGUGCCAGUGGGCGAUCCGAUUCCGUCGACGGCGUGCCACAUGCACAUCUCCAACGAUGGGAUCAACUACGAUUACGCCAACGUUACAUUUACGUACGCGGAUCCGUUGCCGACAGUGACUAGCAUUAGCACGGCGCAGUCUUCGGUUUGGGGCGCUCGAGGCCCUUUUGAUGGAAACACCGAAGUCAUCGUCAAGGGAACGAACUUCCUUCCUAGCAAGUAUCUCAAAUGCAAAUUUGGGGGUAUACCGGAGAGCGGUAAAAAUUUAUGGGAAAGCGACGACGUGUCGCACGUCGUCGGCACGCCCGGCGGACGUGUUCGGUGGGUUUCGAGCACGGAAAUUCGUUGUAUAACCCCGGAGUUCGGUCCUGCGUCACAACAACGUCAAUAUCCAGCUGGUUCGACGUUAGCGGCCUCCAUCGGGUGUUGCGCCGUGCUAGAUGUCACCUUUGAUGCCAACAACGGCAUUUCGUCCACCGUCACCAUAGUCGACGGCGGGCGAGGCUACGCCACCGCGCCGGUGCUGACAAUAAUCGGUGGUGGAGGAGGGGGUGCGACGGCGACAGCGACCAUAGACUCGAGCGGAGUCGUCAACGCGGUGACGAUCACGAACGCGGGGCACUCUUAUAAUCAGGGCUCUGGCGCCACCGCCACGGCGACGCUCGACGCCUCUGGUGGAACGUUGAGCGCGCUUACGCUCACGGCUGCGGGAAGCGGUUACACCGUGCCGCCUGACGUGACGUUUUCGUGUAGCGGCGGGGGUGACUCGUGUCUGGGUACGCAUAUGCAGCACGCUCGUGCUGUGGCAACUCUAGGUCCCGCCGCCAAUUGUUUCCCCGAGUAUGGAUGCUACGACAAAGUUGUCGUAUCGCUGCGACUGACGUUCGUCGGUAAUACGUACACUUCCGCGCCUGUGGUUACGAUAUCACCUCAAAAGCCGUACGUCUUGGUGCAGGCGAAUGAACUUUUCACAUCGGCGAAUGAUCCCCCGUCGAUUGGGGCGUACACCAUGCAAGGGAAAGGGGAAACCGAGCUCGAUCCGCAGCUCUCGCACGGCUCGUGGGUGGACGACGGAAGCGGAGGGCGAAUUUACAACGUCACCGACGCGCCUUACGACGUUGUCGCGGUCUCGGGUGUACCAGGAGCGAAUCCUGGGCGACGUCUGUACGCGGUCAAUCAAUAUAGUCAGAAUAGCCCGGAAGAUCGCGGUGAUCUUCUCGCACCGCUGGGCCAAGCGGGAAGCGAUGGGUCGAUUAAACCGGCGCACCAGGAUCUCGUACAAGUGAGCAACAAUUACAACAAGUUCGGCGUUCCUGUGAUCGGUAACGCGGCUGCAACGCCCACGCACGUUGGAUAUCGCGACAACACCGCAGCGGUAAAGGGAUAUUGGAUGUGGAGUCGCAGUACGGGCUCAGCGAGCGAUUGCCAAGUUUCCAACAAUCCGCCGUUGAACUUUUAUGAUGGCACAACGCUUAUGGGACAUAACCUCGAUAAAGGCACGGGGUGGGUCGUCGCUGGCUCCUCAAACGAGUACUUGGGCAUUCCUGGAAACUCCGACUUGGGUCAUCCGUCGAAAUCGUGCUUGUACUUUUUGUACGGCGACAUUUACGUAUCGCCGUCGGGGAGCGACGCAACCGGACAAGGCACCGCGGCAAGACCGUACGCCACGAUUCAAAAGUGCAUCGAUUCGGCGUUGACAGACGUGCGUGAUUAUCACGUGAACGCCGUCGGUGAGUCAAACCCGAGCGUGCCCGCGAGGAUAUCGACGCAAAUCACUAAAUUCAACGCUGGGCGCUCGCAAAAGCGCGAUGGAGGCGGCGGCUACGCGUACACUGUGAAUCGCGAUCGUUGCAUCCUGAAAGACGGCACGUACUUCGGCCCGGGCAAUCGACAACUUCGUGCCAACGGUCGCGUCAUCCAGCUAUGGGCAGAAAACGAGGAGCGAGCCGUCAUCGACUGCGAAGGCUUCCCCGUGGGCAAGCAAGUCUACGCCAAGCGCGAGCCGACGCGCGUGAGCGCGCCGGGUUCGAUCGCCACCCAGGGCGUCGUGCUCAAGCGAUGCGGAUUCAAGAUGCCUUACGCCGCGGCGGAUAAAUUAUUUUACCCCGGUCGUCCGACGACGUGAUCAAACGCGCGCGCAACGCGAUAAAACAAUCAUUUGAAUU